CCUGAAGAUUUUCCUACAUGUAUAUAUAUAGAGACGAUCUUCACAUACUUUUAAGUCUAUCUGCUCAUUUCCUCAUAGGAUCAAAGAGAGUUUAAACUUUCCUCAAAAGCAUAAAUCACUCAGUGGAAACAAAGACUGAGGCUAAUGGUUUCUCGACAAGAAGGAACCCUCUAUUCUAGAAAGAGGGAUUUCACAAUCUAUGGAGAAGAGUUCCAUAAUUCAUUCAAGAAGAGCAAACAAGAAGAUCAAUCACAGGGCAAACUCCACAGCACUCUGUUCAAUGAACGAGCAAAAUCAGAGAAUUUGAGAUCAAUUACUUUUGAUUUUGAACUCCAUCUACACACUCCUCUACCUUCGGAUUGGCAGAAAUCUAUCGAGGCUAAGGGAAACUCAAGAACAUCUGAGGAUCAUAGGACAUACCCCAAAGAUCCGGUGAUUGCUGGACGACCUAAGAUGAGCCUAGACCUUGAGCUGAACCUUUCACCUUCUUAUUCACCUUCAAAAACAACAACAAAGGUUAACGAAUCCUCAAAUCACAACGAAAGCGUGUCACUAAAGGGUAGAAAUAUGAAGAGCCCGAGUAAGAAUAGCACAAUUGGGACAGGAUUAAACAGAUCGCUGUCAUGGCUUGCCUUUGAAGGUGGUGAUGAUGAUGUUGAUCACAAGGAGCAAGAGAUGGUAACUAAAGUGUGCAUGAAAUGCCACAUGCUGGUUAUGCUUUGCACAUCAACUCCUGUUUGUCCCAACUGCAAGUUCAUGCACCCACAUGAUCACAGCUCUACAAAACUGUUUAAAUCUUCAAAUUUGCUUAGGCUCCUGUGCUAGGCUCUAUGAUAUUAUGUACGGAAUAAUAUGAAUCAGAGACUAGAUAAGGACAAAAGUUAUGUAUAUACCACUAUAAGUACCAAAAGUUUUA